AAAGAUGGGGAAGAGGAACCGCAGGAGCUGUUGGUGUUCGGAUAUAGCUGCAAAUUGUUUCGGGACGAUGAGAAGGCGCGAAUGAUUGAUCAAGGGAGGCAUUUGAUCCCAUGGAUGGCCGAUAACUCAUUGAAGAUAGACAGGUCCGUUCCCAUAACCUAAGAACUUAAUCACCUUAGGAUACUUAUUUAUCUAUAAUGGCUACUUUUAACGCUCAGAGAAGUGAUGUCGAAUUGAAAACCGAUCGGACUCGUAACCAACGGAAAUACGAUACAAUCAAAAUCGAUUCGAGCAGUUAAUGUAUGGAUAAGCAUUCUGGAAGCUGUUUAAGGUUUCCGCAGGUGUUGCGGCCAACAACGCACUCCAACAGAAUGCACAGUGCACUACGAGUGCAGUGCGUUUGGGAUGCAAGUUCUCCAGCUGAUCGUCGAUACGUCAGCAAGGUGAGACACCGCAGAGAGACAAACAACAGCUGAUGAUCAUUUUAAAUUAUGAUCACUCAGCACGAUACGAUGGGCGUGGAGCAUUGGGUGAUCUGCGGGUGCACGAACCACCACCGGGAGGAUUUGACCUUCGCCAAGUUCUCACCGAGGAUGAAAGAAAAGUGGAACAAAUGUGUGAUGAAGAACGAUACCGGUCUCUGUAUAAUAAUGACGCAGAAGAGACGAUGUACCAUGAAGAAGAAAUGAAAAGACUACAUCAAGCUCUAGGCUCAGAAAAUCCUUAUGGCCAAGUAGCUUACAACUAUAAUGAAGAUUCAAAUAGCCAAACGGCCGGAGGUGAAGACACUCAGAGCCCAAAGCCAUCAGAAGGGUCUCAAGAGGAGGAAGACCGUGCAUUUGUUCCACCCCCAGAGCUGGAGAUUCCCGAGGGAAUGGUUCUGCCGGAAACACAAAAAUUAAAUGCAAUAAUAACAAAAACUGCAUUAUUUAUAAGUCAGCAAGGUGGUCAAAUGGAAAUAUUAAUCAAGGCAAAGCAAUCAAAUAAUCCCCAGUUCUCCUUUCUAUCGAUCGACGGAGCACUCCAUCCAUAUUACAGACAUGUUCUUGCUGCUAUCAAAGAUGGAAAAUACAAUCCCGACAAACAGCCCGAAAAGGAACAAUCCGAAACAGAAGAUGACUCUGAUGAUGAUGAUGAGCCCUACCUACACCCAAGUCUCGCGCCAUCCUUUAGCAAAGUGGAAUCUGCACCCAGUAUUCCGAGCAUCCAAUACAAGCCGUCAGCUGACUGUGCCUACUCAAUGUUAGUGAACAAGAUCACCGGCAAACCUCCACCCCCACGGACACCUCAACAAAUCGAGAUUCCCCCCCAACCGUUAUCACCGGCUGGUUAUUACCCUCCGAUACCCCAACAGAAUUACCCUGUAUCAUAUCCAGCAGCACCCCAACAAUAUGCACAUGGCCCGGUAAUCUAUGGACCAAAUGGCCAAAUCCAAUCACCCCCCCAAGUUAUAUCAGGCGUACCGACACCACCAGCAGAAAGUUUCCCAGUGCAACAAACAAAAGAUACACCUACUCCACUUGUUCCUUAUGGACAAACGCCACCAAAGCCGUUGAGUAGACCGUCGUUUAUCGUUCCACCUGCUGAUAUACAGAUAAUCAUUGAUAAGAUGGCUAGUUACGUUGCUAAAAAUGGUCGAGAUUUUGAAGCCAUUGUCAAGAGUAAAGGCGACCCCAGAUUUAAUUUUCUGGAACUGUCACAUCAAUAUUACGGCUACUAUGCUCACAAAUUAACCAUUUACGAAGGAGCGAUUGAUCCAAAGGUAUUGACGGAGGAACAACUUCUUCAAAAGCAAGAACCUCAGGAAGAGAAACAAAAAAAGUUAGAAGAGCUACAAAAGAAACAGCAACGAAUGGAAGAGGUACAGAAGAGAGUGAAAAUGAUACAGGCUAAAAAGAAAAGUGAUAGUAAACAGGAACAGGGAGGAAAACAGAUAACAACCGUUUCGUUUUCUAUAAAAAAGCCUAAGGAAGGCGAAUCCACGAUUAUUGAAAAACGUAGUGCUUUACCCCUAGAGGAGAGUGACGAUGAUCUUGAGGAUGAAAAACAUGAAACAAAUUCCAAAUCCAACUCUCCUCAAGGUAGCAGUGAUGAGAGCAGAGUGUCAAAAAUAGAUAGAGAAAAUUCGAGGCUUGACCAGAAAACUCUAACAGAAGACAAAGAAUUUGUAGAUCUUACGGAAGAUAUUUUCGAAGACUGCCAAAAGGAGAUCAGAAACAAACAAGCUGAGGAGAGAAUCAAAGACAAACUUGUCGCUGCUGCACGGGAUAAACUUGCUGCUACAUCGCGUGAAAGACAACUUCAAUUAGAAAGGAAAAAAAAAGCUGCUAUGUUUCUUAGUCAAAUACAAACACCAGCUCCAUCAAAAACUGGUCCUAUGCCUGCCAAUCUCCCGUCCAAAAAAAUUGACGAUUCAGACGACAUUCAUUCCAUCCCAUCGCCAACACUGGCUGGAAAUGAUGACUUAGACGCUCGAGUCAAUGGUAGCUCGUUAAUGAAUAGACUCAAAGGUUCAGAUUUGGGGAGUAAACGGCCACGGAUAAAUUCCAGAAGUCGUAGUAGAAGCCGUAGCCAAUCAGAUAGAAGUAAACAACAUAAGAAACAUAAGAAAAAAAAGACCUCACACAAACGGUAUGAAAGUCCAUCAACUUCUCGUUCCCACAAAUCAAAGAAGAGUAAAAAGUCAUCAUCGAGGCACAGGUCACGCUCAAAUACGCCAUUGCAGAGACAUAAAUACGGUAGUAGACAUUCACGGAAAGACAGUAAUUCCAGUGAAUCAGAUUCUGGAUCAUCAUGAAAAAUUAUGUCACCCAAUAGAUUGAUAAGAAUAUAUAUGUAAAAUUGUAAAUAUCGACAUAAUAAUGAAAUGAUUACAUACCUGUAGAAAAAUAAUUGCCAAAAAAUAUACAAAUUUCUACCAAUAAGUUAUUGGCGAUAUAGAUUCAUUUUUGCAUUCCUGUGAACGGGAAACCAUCACUAAUAUUUGAUUUAAGAUUCAGUUCGAACUUGACUUCACUGUCAACAGGUAGAUGCAAUUUUGUGGUUUUGUAUGAAUAGACAACAUACAAACUCCAAAAUGUUUUUGAACCUUUUUCAGUAACGGUUUGAUUUGUAUAAAUUUAAGCAAAUGGUGAUAUUUAUGAUCAUAAAGGCCAGAGGGCUCUUAGGAGAUAACUUAUGACCUUAUGUAUUCACAAUCAAUUAUUUCCGAACAUCUGAACUGCGUAGAUGCCUCCAAAAGAGCCAGUGAUUGGAACAUUUUUCAAGUAUUAUAUCAAUCUGAUUAUUAUGUAAGUGUGUCAUAUAAAAAGAAAAUGAAUUAGCAAAUUUGUUAGAGGCUGAAAAAAUUUUUAGUCUAAGAUUUGGACAAAUUAAUAAUUGACCAGUACAAGGAAUGCUACAUAUCUAAGUUUAUGAGAUUAUCUCAAAUGUAUUGACAAUGUGAGGUUCAAUGUAUGUAAACAUAUCCUGGUAUGAUAUGAUACUAGUGCUGCUAAUUUGUCCGCCAAAUUUGUUCGAUUUUAUCACUACAAAAAGGAUCUUCACUGUAAUUUGCCCAUGAGUCUAAUCAAUCAAUUUAAUGUAAAGCAUUUGGAGAUUUUCUUACAAUAAUCGUGGCCGUACGACGCUUUAGAAGUAUUAUUUCAAAGUAAUGCUUCCACAGUGCACAAUGCUUAAAACUUUGUAUUUAUAGUAUCAUUGUCAACCCAAAAUAAGUUAUGUCGACUGGCUUGCGUCGCAUGCUAAUGUAAUUUUCUAUUACCGUCAAUUGCAUGUGGAUUGAACCAAUGAGACUCGAUUAAUAUUGAUUAUCUUUAUUGACUUAUAAAUGAUCGUCUUGUUGCCACAAACGUUGUGUUCGAACAUGAAUCGAAUCUCGAGGGCUGUUGGCAAGAUUUUAUUUUUAAGUGCCUCGAAGAUUUUUAUAAUUAAUUUUCCAUCAUAAAUAAU